AUGGAGGAUGUCGUGCUGCCGUCCAUCCGCGUGGGGCACUCGGGCGGCGGCGCGUUCGAGAGCCUCGCGAGCGACCCGGUGGAGAAGAAAAAGCUGACGCUGGGCGUUCGCGAUCGUCCCCUAUGGGCCACCUCUUGCCCCAAUUCCCCCCUUCCUUCCGCCACCCCCUUCCGCCACCCCAUUCCGCCACUCCUCUUCUGCCACCCCUUCUGCAGUCGGUCGUCCCCCAUGGCGGCCAUUCUUGAUCGCCUGGGCCCGUUAGUCGACCUGCCGCUUCCUGCCCCCACUAUUUCCCCCCUUCUUUCCGCCAACCCCCCUCCGCCAUUCCCCCUGCAGUCGCGCUCGUCCCCCAUGACGGCCAUUCUUGACCGCCUGCGCAUGUUCGGCGAGGUGGAGGUGAUUAUAUUUGAAGACCGCUUGAUCCUCCACGACCCCAUCGAGAAGUGGCCCAUAUGUGAUGCGCUAAUAGCCUUUUACUCCACGGGCUUCCCUCUCGCCAAGGCGCAGCAAUACGCCGCCCUGCGCAAGCCCUAUCUGGUGAACGAGUUGGAGCCGCAGUGGCUGCUGCACGACAGGAGGAAGGUUUAUGCGAAGCUGGAGGAGCACGGGCUCAUGAUGCCCACGUACGCCAUAGUCAACCGCGAGGGGGAGGGGGAGGCAGCGGAGGAGGAGUUUGAGGAGGAGGAGGACUACGUGGUCAUCGCGGGCAAGCGCAUUAACAAGCCCUUCGUGGAGAAGCCUGUGGACGGCGACGACCACAGUGUGAUGAUCUACUACCCCAGCUCCGCAGGGGGCGGCAUGAAGGAGCUCUUUAGAAAGGUGGGCAAUCGCUCGAGUGAGUUCCACUCGGACGUGCGCCAUGUGAGGCGCCAUGGCUCCUACAUCUACGAGGAGUUCCUCCCCACAGGCGGCACGGAUGUGAAGGUGUACACGGUGGGGCCGGACUAUGCACAUGCAGAGGCGCGCAAGUCACCUGUGGUGGAUGGUGUUGUCAUGCGCAGCGCCGACGGCAAGGAGAUCCGCUACCCGGUGCUGCUCACCCCAACGGAGAAGGAAAUGGCGCGGGUCAUCUGCCUUGCAUUCGGCCAGGCGGUGUGUGGCUUCGACCUGCUGCGAUCGCACGGGCGCUCCUUCGUGUGCGACGUCAACGGCUGGAACUUUGUCAAGAACUCCACCAAGUACUACGACGAUGCAGCGUGUGUGCUGCGAAGCAUGCUGCUGCGCGCCGUGGCACCGCACCUCUACUCGCCUCUGCCCGUGCGCCUGCCCUGGUCGUCCGGGCCCGACGCAGCAGCAGCAGGAGGAGCGGCAUUGGACGGCACGACAUCGCCGGACUACGAGCGCACGCUGAGCGCGAGCAGCUUCAACAGCGCGCACACGUUCGGCACGCGGGAGGAGCUGCGCUGCGUGAUCGCUGUCAUUCGCCAUGGCGACCGCACGCCAAAGCAGAAGGUGAAGCUGGUGGUGACACAGGAGCGGCUGCUGAAGCUCAUGCUCAAAUACAACGGCGGCAAGCCCCGCUCCGAGGCGAAGCUGAAGAGUGCAGUGCAGCUGCAGGACCUGCUGGACGCCCUGCGCGCCCUCGUGCCGCACCAGAGGGAUGGCAGUGACAGCGAGACAGAGGACUUUGAGAAUGCGGAGAAGCUGAGGCACGUGAAGGCAGUGUUGGAGGAGGGAGGGCACUUCUCGGGGAUAUACCGCAAGGCGCAGCUGAAGCCGCAGAAGUGGGAGCGCGUGCAGCAGAGGGACAGCAGUGGCGGCGAGGUGGAGGUGGACGAGCCCACGGAGGCCCUCAUGGUGCUCAAGUACGGGGGCGUUCUCACCCACGCCGGCAGGCAACAGGCGGAGCAUCUGGGUCGAGCAUUUCGAGAAGCCAUGUAUCCUGAUGAGAUGGGGUCCAACGGCACGGGGCUGCUGCGUCUGCACAGCACGUACCGCCACGACCUCAAGAUCUACAGCUCCGAUGAGGGCCGCGUGCAGAUGUCAGCAGCAGCGUUCACCAAGGGUCUGUUGGACCUGGAGGGGCAGCUCACGCCUAUCCUGGUGAGUCUGGUGAGCAAGGACUCGCCCAUGCUUGACGGGCUCGACUCCGCCUCAAUUGAAAUGGAGCAUGCCAAGCGCAAGCUGGGCGAGAUGAUGACGACCAACGACCCGAUGGUGCUCUCACCCACACACGGCCAGCCCCCCAUGGCACACAGCCCGCGCCGGCCUUCGCAGUCACGCUCGCACUCGCGCAGCAGCAGCACCAGCAGCAGCCACGGGGGGUCGUCAGCCCAGCUGGCUGGCCCGUGGAUGACUGAUGCGCCCUGGCUGCCUGACCGCCCUCUCAGCAAGCUGCACAAACUGGUGGAGCUGAUAAAGGCGCUGGCAGCGCACGCCAAGGAGAAGUGCCGCGAGGACGACGUGGACGGCGCACUGGAGGCCAAGGUGGAGGAAGCUGUCAAGAAGCUUCGCAUCGUGCCCGUGCCGGCGCAGCACAAGGCUGGCGGGGAGCAGCAGCAGAAGGGUGCGGGGGAGGAGCAGGGCGGGGCGCAGCAGGGGGGAGGGAAGCAGAAGGCGGUGCCGUACGAUGGGACGGUGCUGGGGAAGGCACGGUUUGAUGAGAGCCGCAUUGCCGCCGGGCUGCCGUGCGGUAUUGAACGGACGUCUAUGGCAGCACGGACGAAAAGAGGGUGGGUGUUGAAAGGGGCAACGGAGCGAUGGGGACAACUCAGCUCUCUCGUGCUCUGUUCUUCGCUUCUCUUUGCUGUCUCACCAGCGCUCUCUCUCCUCCCCAUGCUGUCUCCUUUUCUCCGCCCUCAUCCCGCUGUUCCCUCCAGUCGCUUCAACAUCAGCAAGAUCCCCGACGUCUACGACUCUGCCAAGUGGGUGGUUUCGUACGACCUGGUGCACAAUCGCCACCUGGGCCUCAAGGGGCUGGACGAGCUCUACCUGCUCGCCAAGGAGAUGGCGAACGGCGUCAUUCCCAAUGAGUAUGGCAUCACGCCAUACAGCAAGCUCAAGAUAGGCGCCAAGGUGGCGCGGCGGCUGCUGGGCAAGAUGCUGAUCGAUCUACACAACACGCGGGACGAGGCGGUGGCGGUGGGGCAGGCCAUGCAGCAGCACCGCCAGAGCCUGAGGGAGCAGCGAGCAGCAGCGGUGGCGGCAGCGGUGUUCAACCAGGAGCAGCAGCGGCAGAACCGCCGGUCGUCCGGUGAGGCCAAGCGGCGCUCCGAUGGGCACCCGGAGGGCGAUAAUGACGACAGCAACGCUCAGUACCGCUUGGACCCCAAGUAUGCCAACGUUCGAACGCCCCAGCGCCAUGUGCGCACUCGCCUAUACUUCACCUCUGAGUCGCACCUACACAGUGUGAUGAACGUGCUGCGCUUCUGCCAGCUGGACGAGUCACUGCAGGGCGAGGCGUCGCUGCUGAGUCCCGACGCCAUGACGCGCCUCUAUGAGACGCGCGAGCUCGACUACCUCACGCAUGUGGUGCUGCGCAUGUAUGAGAACGUGGAGGUGGAUCUGAACGACCCGCGGCGAUUCCGAGUGGAGAUCAUGUUCAGCCCAGGGUCGGCCGUGAGCCCUCUGGAGGUGGAGCCAGCAAAGAAGGACCACACAUUGCCAGUCCUCCCGCCCUUCACAGUGCAGAACGAUGCACCCGAUACGCUCACCAUGCGCCGCAUGGACCGCAUGCUGCAUCCCUUUGCCAUGCCGCCCGAAGACUUCCCGCCGCCCGUGCAGCCACAGGGCUUCUCCGGCCUCUUCCUCAAGGGCACCGUCUUUGAGCGCAUCGAGGGGGCUGUAGUGGAGUGUGCAGGGGAGGAUGCAGUUGGGACUGCAGAGGAGUGUGCAGGGGAGGGUGCAGAGGAGGGUGCAGAGGAGGGUGCAGAGGAGGGUGCAGAGGAGGGUGCAGAGGAGGGUGCAGAGGAGGGUGCAGAGGGUGCAGUGGGUGCAGAGGAGGGUGGGCGUAGGCGUGGGUUUCAGAAAGGGGGACGCAUCACCUCGUCCGCUGCGCCGCUCCCACUCGCUUACUCUCGCUCUCUCCCUGCCUCUCUCGUUCCGCCCCACCUCCGUCCCUUGAUGGCCCUCGCCGCUCACUUCAUCGCGUCCUCCUCCCUCGCCUGCCCGCGCGCCCUCGCCACCACCGCUCGCCUCCCCCGCGCGUGCCUCCCCCACUUUAUUCUCCCCCAGUCGUACCUCCCCCACACCGCCCGCCCGCGCUCUACCGCCGCCGCGUGCCCCGCCGCCGGCCGUAGUGAAAAGCCACGUGGCGUUGCGACCAUGGCGACGUCGCCGUCCAACGCGGAGAUGACCAGCAGCUCGGAGGAAGGUGAGCGGUGGGGAACGGUGGGGAGCGGGGCUCCUUUGGAUAGUCGGCGCUGUGUGCCGUGUGAGGGCAAGGGGCUGCUGCCGCUGCCCGCUGAUAAGAGUAGAGUUUUGAGACCCCCAUUGGCGAGUCGGCGCUGUGUGCCGUGUGAGGGCAAGGGGCUGCUGCCGCUGCCCGCUGAUAAGAGUAGAGUUUUGAGACCACCAUUGGCGAGUCGGCGCUGUGUGCCGUGUGAGGGCAAGGGGCUGCUGCCACUGCCCGCUGACCGCAUCGCCACUCUGCUACACCAGGUGGCGGGGUGGGAGGUGGUGGAGGAGGGCGGCUACCAGCGCAUUCGCCGGCAGUGGCGCACGCGGAACUUCCUCGCUGGCCUCACUCUCUUUCAGCGCGUUGCAGAGGUUGCCGAGGCCGAAGGUCAUCAUCCCGACCUCCACUUGGAAGGAUGGAACCAUGCGCGCAUCGACAUCUACACACACGCCAUCGGUGGGCUGCAUGAGAACGACUUUGUGCUGGCAGCCAAGAUCAACGCGCUGCACCUGGAGGAUCUGCUUCGCAAGCCAAAGACCAAGAUUGCUGGUUGA